CCGAAGAAGAAAAAGGUUGUCAGACGAAAACGUGUGGGACCAGAGGUAUCUCCAGACAGGACAGGAGCUUGAUAACGUUGAAGGCCGAAGAUUAGAGGGCAGUUCGGUAAAUGUUCUACAGUCGUGAAUGCAUUACAUGUCAUUUUUAUAACCAGGAAAGGGUCUUCUUGACAAGAGACAGAGCGCACGGUCGCACCACGCCACAGCUGACUGACAGAUCGCCGAUCGUAACUGACGUUCGGAGUGGAGCGAAGAAACGAAGAAAGUUAUCGGUCUCUUGGGCGGUUGUCUGUUUAACACCAACGUGACUAAUAAAACACUAACGUUGAUACAUAAAUUGUAUAAUGGCGGACUACCUGAUCAGUGGACAGACUGGUUACGUGCCCGAUGAUGGACUCAGCGGGCAGCAACUCUUCAACUGCGGGGACGGCCUUACCUACAAUGACUUCCUGAUUCUCCCAGGGUACAUUGACUUCACAUCGGAACAGGUGGAUUUGACUUCAGCCCUGACGAAGCAGAUCACCAUGAAAACACCUUUUGUAUCCUCCCCCAUGGACACCGUCACAGAGUCAGCGCUGGCCAUUGCCAUGGCACUCACAGGGGGAAUAGGCUUCAUCCACCACAACUGCACUCCAGAGUUCCAGGCCAACGAGGUCCGCAAGGUCAAGCGGUACGAGCAGGGUUUUAUCACAGACCCGGUGGUGAUGAGUCCUACAGACCGCGUGGCAGACGUGUUCCAGGCCAAGGCACGCCACGGCUUCUGCGGCAUCCCCAUCACAGACAGCGGCCACAUGGGCGGGCACCUCGUUGGCAUCAUCUCCUCGCGGGACAUUGACUUCCUGAAGGAGGAGGAGCACAUCCUGCCACUCAACGAGGUGAUGACAAAGCUUGAGGACCUUGUCGUAGCUCCAGCUGGAGUGACACUGAAAGAGGCCAAUGAGAUCCUGCAGAGGAGUAAGAAAGGUAAGCUGCCCAUAGUGAACAAGGAGGGCUGCCUGGUGUCCAUCAUCGCCAGGACAGACCUGAAGAAGAACAGGGACUUCCCCCUGGCCUCUAAAGACUCACGCAAACAGCUGCUGUGUGGGGCAGCCAUCGGGACGCACAACGACGACAAGUACAGACUGGACCUGCUGGUGCAGAGCGGCGUAGAUGUGGUCGUACUAGACUCCUCUCAAGGGAACUCGAUCUUCCAAAUCAACAUGAUUAAGUACAUCAAAGAGAAAUACCCACAGCUUCAGGUCAUUGGAGGCAAUGUGGUAACUGCAGCCCAGGCCAAGAACCUGAUCGACGCCGGGGUGGACGGCCUGCGAGUGGGCAUGGGCAGUGGCUCCAUCUGCAUCACACAGGAAGUGUUGGCGUGUGGGCGUCCCCAGGCCACCGCCGUGUACAAGGUGUCUGAGUACGCCCGUCGAUUCGGGGUGCCAGUCAUCGCCGAUGGGGGCAUCCAGACCGUGGGGCACAUUGCCAAAGCCCUGGCACUUGGGGCAUCUACAGUGAUGAUGGGCUCUCUCCUGGCUGCCACCAGCGAGGCUCCAGGUGAAUACUUCUUCUCUGACGGCAUCAGGCUGAAGAAAUACAGAGGCAUGGGCUCAUUGGAUGCCAUGGACAAGAACCUGGGCUCCCAGAGCAGAUACUUCAGUGAGUGUGACAAGAUCAAGGUGGCUCAGGGUGUGUCGGGGGCAGUCCAGGACAAGGGCUCUAUCCAUAAGUUUAUUCCCUACCUGCUGGCUGGGAUCCAACACUCCUGUCAAGACAUCGGAUCCAAGAGCCUCACCCAGCUCAGAGCCAUGAUGUAUUCUGGGGAUCUGAAGUUUGAGAGGAGGACGACAUCGGCCCAGAUGGAGGGAGGAGUCCACAGCCUGCACAGUUAUGAGAAGUGCCUGUUCUAAAGACGAGAACAACAGUAGUGGGCUGCAGACUUGUGUUCCUCAAGCGUACGCACAUGAAAGCACACCCAACUACUUGACAACCCCCCUCACACACACACUAACACAAAUGUCAAUUAUGCCUAAACCAUCAGUCUUCCCCAUCUGUUGUUCCCUAUCUAUGCUGAGGGAGAGCAGAGCAUGUCUGUCUUGUCUAUCCGUCAGUAUUGUGAUGGAGUGUUUUGGUGUUGUCAGAUGCCUUCCAUGUCCUACUGACGUGAAUAAAGGUGAAUAAGUCAAAUAAAAUGUUUUUUUUCCACGU